AUGAUAUCCAUCUCCCAACAUGUUUCCAAUUUUCUCCAUGCAAAUCUCCAAACUUUCUGCAAAAACAAUUUCUCCAUGAGAGCUGAAAAAACACCUCAACAAAUCCUCCACCAAUGACAACAGUUGCCGCCAAGCUGUUGCCUCAGAGCCUCCACGUCACCACCCACCCGAACCCCUCCUCCCACCAGACCAGUGCCGUGAGCUGCAGGGUUUGCAUUUCGUCAAACGGCGGAAACCGCCGCAGAAACCCGCCAAAGGCGGCGGCUUUCGCCAAAGCAAGAUCGACCCAGUUGCAGAACAAUAAUGUCAAGGAAACCCAUUUGGUGGAACCCUCUUCCCGCCAAACCAGUGCCUUGAGAUGCAGGGUUUGCAUUUCGUCCAACGCCGGAAACCGCCGCAGAAAUCCGUCAAAGGCGGCGGCUUCCGCCGAAGCAAGACCGACCCAGUUGCAGAACAAUGAUGUCAAAGAAACCCAUUUGGUGAAAGUCCUCAACAGGUCCUGCAAAGCAGGGCAGUACAAUGAAGCACUCUAUUUUCUUGAGCUGAUUGUGAACAAGGGCUACAAGCCUGAUGUGAUUCUCUGCACAAAGCUCGUCAAAGGGUUCUUCAAUUCGAGAAAUGUCGAGAAGGCCGUUCGGGUUAUGCAGAUUUUGGAGAAGUAUGGUGAGCCUGAUUUGUUUUCAUACAAUGCGUUGAUCAGCGGUUUCUGUAAGGCAAAUCGGAUUGAUGCAGCAAACAAAGUGCUUGAUAGGAUGAGGAGCCAGGGGUUCUCACCUGAUGUUGUUACUUACAAUAUAAUGAUUGGGAGUCUUUGUGGGAGGGGGAAGCUAGGAUUAGCUUUGAAGGUUUUGGAUCAGUUGGUGAAGGAUAAUUGCAGGCCAACUGUGAUUACUUACACGAUUUUGAUCGAAGCAACGAUUCCUGAAGGCGGAAUUGAUGAAGCAAUGAAGCUUUUGGAUGAGAUGUUGUCAAGAGGGCUUAAACCUGACAUGCAUACUUACAAUGCAGUUGUUAGGGGAAUGUGCAGAGAAGGGAUGCUGGAUAGGGCUUUCGAGUUUGUUAGGAGCUUAGAUUUGAAGGGAUGUUCGCCUAAUGUCGUCUCGUACAACAUUUUGUUACGAGCGCUAUUGAAUCGAGGUAAAUGGGAAGAAGGGGAGAAGCUGGUGAGCAAUAUGUGCUCGAGAGGCUGUGAGCUGAACGUGGUGACUUACAGCAUUUUGAUUAGCACGCUGUGUCGCGAUGGCAAAGUCGAGGAUGCAGUGAAUGUGUUAAAGAUCAUGAAGGACAAGGGGUUGACUCCGGAUGCGUACAGUUAUGAUCCGUUGGUUUCUGCUUUCUGCAAAGAGGGGAGAUUGGAUUUGGCAAUAGAGUUUUUGGAUUACAUGAUAUCGGAUGGCUGCUUGCCGGAUAUUGUGAACUACAACACGAUAUUGGCUGCUUUGUGUAAGAGUGGAAAGGCUGAUCAGGCUUUGCAAAUCUUCGAGAACCUCGGUGAAGUGGGAUGUCCUCCGAAUGUGAGCUCAUACAACACCAUGUUCAGUGCACUGUGGAACUGUGGAGACAGAGUUCGAGCUUUGCAAAUGGUAUCAGAAAUGGUAAGCAAAGGAAUUGAUCCCGAUGGGAUUACUUACAAUUCGCUUAUAUCGUGUUUGUGCAGAGAUGGGAUGGUGAAUGAGGCUAUAGGGUUGUUGGUAGACAUGGAAACUGGUGGCUUUCAGCCAACAGUUAUCAGUUACAACAUCGUUCUUCUCGGGUUGUGCAAAACGCGUAGGAUUGUCGAUGCCAUUGAAGUGCUCGCGGCAAUGGUUGAAAAGGGGUGCCGGCCAAAUGAAACUACCUACACUUUGUUGAUUGAAGGAAUUGGUUUCGCAGGAUGGCGAGCUGAAGCGAUGCAACUUGCCCACUCAGUUUUUAGUUUAAGGGCGAUUUCCGAAGAUUCGUUCAGACGUUUGAAUAGGACCUUUCCCAUGCUUGAUGUGUACAAAGAGCUUACUCUGUCUGAGAUUAAGAACUAGCUUUUGGUUUGUAGCUACAAAGAGGAUUAGUUGGAUUAAAAGACUAUUUUAGGCUCAGCAGAAGCCUAUAUUCACUUACUAAUGAGAGAACUGCCUUGCAGGGCAGAUUUGGCAUUUUA